AUGCUGCUUUUCAAACUUGCUAACAGCCCCUUCAAUGUUCCCAUCUCCGAAGAUAUCUUUCCCUUGGCUUACAGUGCUAACAGUGCAGAACACUAUAAUGCACGUAUGGAUGAGUCAGAAUUUGUGGAUCAGUUAAUAGCUCUGAGCCUCCUGGAAUUUCAAGACGACCCCUUCUUCGUACCAGUGCCAGUGCGAGAUGGAGUAGAGAGAGACACCACACUGGAUGAUCUAUAUGUCAAUUACUGGGUCAGGCAACGCAACACAGACGACUUAUACACUAUUUCUCGAAAGGCCGAUGACUGGUAUGCUGACGAAUCACGUUCUAGCACGAAUGGGAAGCCUGAGUGGAGACCACGAAGCGAGCAGUAUCAUACACAACCACAUGUUGUAAAUGAGACGAGAAAAGGCAAAGCACCUACUGCUGGACUUGCCAGGCUGAGGUCAGCCUUUGGUGACAAGCCGUCCGAGGUCAGGACGCCCGAAGGUCUGAGUAGUUUGAACAAGGCGAGACAGAGGAAUGUCCAUCAGUCACAGAGGCUGAGCAGCUGCAAUAGAAUACAAAGCUAG